AUGAACAAUGUAACAGAAUCCAUCCUGCUGGGCCUCACUCGCAAUCCAGAACUGCAGAAAUUCUUGUUUGUUAUGUUUUCAAUCACCUACUUGAUUACAUUGGCAGGUAACCUGCUCAUCUCAGUCAUCAUCUUCAUCAGCCCAGCCCUGGAUUCCCCCAUGUACUUUUUUCUGUCCUAUUUGUCCAUGAUAGAUAUUUUCUACUCUUCUUCCAUAGCCCCUAAAAUGAUCUUUGACUUGAUCUCUGAAAAGAACACCAUAUCCUUCAAUGGCUGCAUGACUCAGCUUUUCACAGAACAUUUCUUUGUGGCAGCUGAGAUCAUCUUAUUAAGCGUCAUGGCCUACAACCGCUAUGUGGCCAUCUGUAAGCCCUUGCAUUAUGCAACCAUCAUGAGUCAACCUAUGUGUGGAUUCCUGAUGGGGGUGGCUGGGAUUCUGGGAUUUGUGCAUGGAGGGAUCCAGACUUUGUUCAUAGCCCAGUUACCAUUCUGUGGCCCCAAUGUCAUCAACCACUUUAUGUGUGAUUUAGUACCUCUUCUAGAGCUGGCCUGCACAGACACUCACACCUUGGGGCCUCUGAUAGCUGCCAACAGUGGAUCACUGUGUUUCCUCAUUUUUUCCAUGCUGGUUGCUUCCUAUGUCAUCAUCCUGUGCUCCCUAAGGACUCAUAUCUCUGAAGGGCGUCACAAAGCUCUGUCUAGUUGUACCUCUCAUAUCUUUGUUGUCAUCUUAUUCUUUGUCCCUUGUUCAUACCUGUAUCUAAGACCUCUAACCUCCUUCCCCACUGACAAAGCUGUGACUGUGUUUUGCACCCUAUUUACACCUAUGUUGAACCCUUUAAUCUACACCCUCAAAACUAAGAAAGUAAAAAAUGUCAUUAAGAAGCUCUGGAAGCAAAUAAUGAAAACUGAUAAUCAGUAA